AUGGAGGAACCGGCGGCGAAGAGACCGAAGCUGUCGGAUCGGUCAGAGCCGUUGACACAGCGAGACGUGGUGCUGUUCCAGAAGGAGGCGCUCUUCCGGCAGCUGAACCGGUACCGUGCGGAGGCGCGCGCCGGGCAGGUGCAGGUGGAGGAGCUGCGGCGGGCGCACGGGCAGGUGGGGGAGCGGCUGGCGGCUGUGUGCGGGGUGGUGAGGAGCGUCGCACGGGCGGUGGCGGACGCGCGCGGCGAUGGGGACGCGCGCGCGCUGUGCGAACGCGUGGCCGGAGGCGACGAUGACGAGGUUGUGGCGCGCGCAGCGGAGUUUGCGGCGGUGGUAGCGGGCGGGCUGGGGCGCGGCGCGGCGGCGGGGGAGGGUUGGCACCGGCUGGAGGCCGUGAACAGCCGACUGGCGGCGGAGAACGCGCAGCUGGCGGCGGAGCUGGGGGCCGUGCGCGGCUUCUACGCGGAGCUGCUGCGUCGCUACGAUCGCGACGAAAGCGAGACCGUGCGGCGCGUGUUCAAGGUGGAGGAGAGCGAGCCGCCGCGCGCCGCGACGCCGGUGGAGGAGAGCUCUGCAAAGGGUGCUGCGUCCGACGGGGAGGCUGCAACCGCAGUUGUGGAGCGCGAGAUGCAGAUCGAGGAGCUGCAGACGGAGAUCAGGGUCCUGGAGGACACGGUCGCGCAGCUGACGGACUGGAAACGGCUCAACGAGCAGGAGCUCACGAAGCUGCGGCAGAUGGCGAGCUCUGCAGAGCUUUCGCAGCGGCACCCGACCCCACCGAGCUCGAGCAACUUGUCGGCGGAUCUUCAGGUGCUCCGCAGCAAGGUAGAGAAGCUCAGCCACGAAAACAAAGAGCUGGCGCAACUUAACGAAGCGUACCUGGGGAAGUUCCAGCAGCUGUCCGCGGACCGGGAAAUAUUCAAUAAUCGUCUAUCAGCAGAGUUCCAGACAGCACAGGAGACACUCAAGAAACACAAUUCGAACCUAGAGAAGGAUCUCGUCCGCAUACGGACAGCGCGCGAUGAGCUGCUGAGCAAAGUGGCAGUACUCGAGGCGCAGAAAUCCAAGUCCGACAUGCUCGAGGACCUGGAGAAAAUGCUUGCACUUCAGCAGGAACAGCUGAAAGCUUUGAGCGAGCACAAGCCUGAGCCUGCACGGGACGCCGUUAUGAAGGAGUUGCAGGAUCUGGAAAAGGCAUUCAAGGAGCUAUCCCAGUAUUCCAACAAGAAGUAUUCCGAAUAUGUUAACCAGGAGUCGUUAAUGUCCAAGUUGACUGUGGAGAAAACCAAAGCUGAUCAGAAAUACUUCGCGGCCAUGCGCUCCAAGGAUUCGAUUUUAAUUGAAAAUAAAAACCUUUCAAAAAACCUCAGCAAAUCAAACGAAUUGAUCCAGCAGUUAAAGGAUAUCGAAAAGUCCUUACAGGCGAAGAUUGAAAACCUAAACAAACAACUGCAUAUAUCGCGGAUCAAUGAAAAGAGACUAUUAGAUUCCAAUAAGACAACUUCACUGAAGAUAAUGGAUCUGACUUCCCAGCUGUCGAAGGCCAACAAAUCGUCCACCCUCGUUCAACAAGAAUGUAACAAAUUAAUAGAGGAGAAGGCCAAGAUGGAGUCAAAGCUGAAUGAUCUUGAGAUUGAAACCAAAAACCUAGCAACCAAGCUCACAUACCAGGAAAACAAGUCCAAGAAACUGCACAAGACGUUGGUGUCGAACGGCGGUGAUAAUGGUGCUCUAGCCGAAGAACUGGAAAACUUCCGCACCGUCGUCUACUGCUCACUGUGCUCCAAAAAUUGGAAGGACACUGUCAUUAAAACAUGUGGUCAUGUUUUCUGUGCAGAUUGUUGCAAGGAAAGGUUAGCAGCCAGAAUGAGGAAAUGUCCGACUUGCAACAAGGGGUUUUCUUCCAAUGAUCUCCUCGUUGUCCAUUUGUAA